AAGCACAACAAUUCCUCUCUAGCUAAGCCAAUUUACCUUGAUCAAAUUAACAAUUUGGAGGAGGUAGCUAGUGAUCUCUGUCGAUUGCGAUGAAGCUUACUCGCGCGUUGGCCGGCGCCGCCGUGCUAUCACUAUGCUUGUUGCUCGCCGUGCAGCCGGCGGCGGCGGCCGGCGGCAAGGUGGAGAGCACGGUGAGGAAGGAGGUGGUGAAGGCCAUCAGAGCCGAUCCCAGCGUUGGCCCCGCCCUCAUUCGCUUGGUGUUCCACGACUGCUGGGUCAAUGGAUGUGACGGGUCCGUGCUCUUGGACACGACGCCGUUCAACAGCAGCGCCGGCGUCGAGAAGGCGGCGGCGAACAACAUCGGCCUCCGCGGCUUCGACGUGAUCGACGCCAUCAAGGCCAAGCUCGGCGACGCCGUCUCCUGCGCCGACAUUGUCGUGCUCGCCGGGCGCGACGCCACCACCAUCCUGAGCCGCGGCAGGAUCACCUACGCCGUCGAGACCGGCCGCAAGGACGGCGUCGUGUCGUCCGCCGCCGCCGCCGACGCCACCCUCCCGGAGUCCACCUUCGACAUCGACCAGCUCACGGGCAACUUCGCCCGGAAGAACUUCACCGCGGAGGAGCUCGUCGCCCUCGCCGGCGCGCACGCCGUCGGCGUCAGCCACCUCUCCUCCUUCCGCGACCGCAUCAACGCCACCACCGAGACCCCGAUCAACCCGAGGUACCAGGCGGCGCUCGCCGGCGACGUCGAGACCCUGAAGGGGCGGCAGAACGCGACGGACCCAAUCGAGAAGUUCAACAUCCGCGACAUGGACGCCGGGUUCCGGAACGCGUCGGGGUUCGACGCCGCCGGCGUGGACAUGGCGGCUGUGGGCGUGCUCGACAACAGCUUCUACCACGCCAACCUGCAGAACAUGGUGCUGCUCAGGUCCGACUGGGAGCUGAGGAAUGGCACCGAUCCGUCGCUCGGCGACAGCCUGUUCGCGUUCAGGGAGAACGCCACCGUGUGGGAGAUGGAGUUCGCCGCCGCCAUGGCCAAGCUCAGCGUGCUCCCCGCGGAGGGGACCCGUUUCGAGAUGAGGAAGAGCUGCAGGGCUACCAACUAAAUUAAAAUACGAGUAUAUAUACGUAUACUAGUACAGUAGAGGCAUGCACGUACGGUCUCUACUUAUACUAGCGUACGUACGGUAUUUCUCAUUGGUUUAAUUAAUACCUCGCCAAAAUAUAUGUAUGCUAUUUGGAGUGUUCUAUACGUACUCAAUUAAAACGUGUGGCAAGCAAACUCCAUGAAAUAAUGAAAAUAAAUAAAUGAGAAUACCAGUUCAACCA